AUGGGAAAUGAUCCAUCAUCUGAACAGAAAAAACGUCUUACCCAACCAAUUAUGACUUCAUAUGAGUCAGUUGAGGCACUCCAAGAAGCGCUUCAAAAAGCUGGCUUGGAAUCAUCGAAUUUGGUUGUUGGAAUUGAUUUUACAGGAUCUAACCAGACCUCUGGUAAAAGAACAUAUGGAAGAAAUCUUCAUACGAUCGACCCAUCAAAUCCAAACCCGUAUAUGAGAGUCAUGGAUAUCAUGGGUCGUACACUAGAGAAAUUUGAUGACGACAGACUCAUUCCAGUCUUUGGAUUUGGAGACAAGACGACUGGAGGAAACGCUGUCUUUGAUUUGUCACAAGAGAAAAAGCCGUUCUUGGGAAUGGCGGCUGCCCUGGAGAGAUACAAACAAAUUAUCCCAUCCAUUACAUUGAGUGGACCAACAUCCUUCGUUCCUAUCAUUAACAAAGCUAUUGAAAUCGUGAAAGAAACUAAACAAUAUCAUAUAUUAGUUAUAAUAUGUGAUGGGUCUGUCAGUGAAAUUGGUCCCAACAGAAGAGCAAUUGAAGAAGCAUCUAAAUAUCCCAUUUCUAUCAUCUGUGUUGGUGUUGGAGAUGGGCCUUUUGACACUAUGGAAUCUUUUGAUGAUCAAGUCAAAAAUGCCAAGUUCGAUAAUUUCAACUUUGUCAACUAUUAUAAGGUGUGUGAGGGCCACGUAGAGAAUCCAGACAUCGCGUUUGCUACGGCUGCACUUUGUGAAGUACCGGAACAAUACGCGUUCAUUAAGCAGUUGGGGUAUCUUGAUGGAUAA